AUGCCUUCCCUGAAUUUUGGUCUGAAAUUCUGCCUGGGCUCGGGCUGUCUUGCAGCUCUGGUAGUCCGGAGUUUGGCAUUCCCCAACUGGUCAGCUGCCAACACUAGUAUAGUUGCGCUGGUAUUUGCCUCGUCUUUGGCUGUCAUCUGGAGGCUCAUUCUCUACCCAAAAUUCUUCAGCCCUUUUCGGGACUUACCAAGCCCACCUGGAGGCACAUUUCUCAACGGUCAAACAUGGAAGAUUCUGGAACAAGGUUCCAGUGUACCUCUGGAAGAAUGGGGCAACACGAUCGAGAAUGAUGGCAUGAUUCGGGUCAACGUUGCACUCAACUCGGAGAGACUACUUGUAACGUCGAUAGAAGGCAUUGCGGAUGUGCUGGUCAGGAACGCAGACAACUGGAGAAAGCCAGAGGCUCUGCGGCACUCGCUCGCCUCGGUCAUCGGCGACGGGCUCAUCGUGUCUGAGGGAAAUGCACACAAGGUGCAAAGAAGGAAUCUGGUGACGGCCUUCACAGGCCCAAGGGUGAAAGCACUUUAUCCCCAGUUUUGGACGAGAGCCUACGACGGGGCGGAAGAGAUAGCGCAAGAGAUGAAAAAGGCCAACGCAUCUGACGGUCACGUCGCCGACGUGGCUUUUACUGAUUGGCUGCGCCGAAUCACGCUCGACAAUAUCGGAGAGGCCGGGUUCGGGUUCAGCUUCAAUGCGAUCCAAAACCCUAAGACGGAAGUGAACCUCACCUAUGAGUUUCUGUUCAAGUCCCAGGAGACCCACGUGGCAGUGACGUUCCUCGAGGCCUUGGCCGACUUUCUUCCCGUCCUUUGGCUGCAGAAGCUGCCAAUCCAACACAACAUCCGCACCAAGGCGGCCGUCGACACCAUCCGGAGCAUCAUCCGCGGCGUGAUCCAGGCCAAACGCACCCCGGAGGACGACCCCUCCGCGGCGGUGGAUCUCAUAUCGGUCGCCAAGAGCUCGGGCGCCUUUGACGACGAGAGCCUCGUCGACCAGAGCAUGACCUUCCUGGUUGCUGGGCACGAGACGGUCGCCGGGUCGCUGGGCUGGGGCCUUGUGGAGCUCUGCCGGCGCCCGGAGAUGCAGGCUCGGCUGCGGGACGAGGUGCGCAGUGGGCUUCCGUCGCCGGCCGACCCCAGCGCCCGGGUCAGCGAGCGCGACUUCCAGGCCCUGCCCUAUCUGCAGGCGUUCUGCAGCGAGGUUCUGCGCUUCUACCCGUCGGUGCCGGCGACGCGGCGAGAAGCUAUCAGCGACACCAUGCUGCUCGGCAGGGCGAUCCCCAAGGGGACGCAGCUGCUGAUAUCGCCGGCGGCAACGAACAGAUCCCGGGAACUGUGGGGUGACGACGCUGGCCAGUUCAAGCCCGAGAGGUGGCUGGCGCCGGGCCAGACCAACAAGGGCGGCGCAAAUAGUAACUAUGCCAACCUGACGUUUUUGCAUGGGCCACGCUCUUGCAUCGGCGCCAGUUUCGCCAGAGCAGAGUUCCUUUGCAUCAUUGCUGUCAUAGUCGGCCGUUUUGAACUGUCGUUUGCGGACCCCGAUAAGCGUGUACAAGUUCUCAACUCUGGCUUCACAGAGAGGCCAGCAGGGGACUUGCUCCUAAGAACCAAGCUUGUUCACGGUGCUUGGUAG